UUCUUCUUUCUUUCGUAGCGUAAGAUUACGAUACCUGUACCUUGUAAACCUGGCAGUGGAAGCAAACGAAGCAAAUAGCCCCUGAAGUUGAUUGGAAGCGCUCCGCAAGGGAAGUGGAAACUAAGAUACACGAGUCAGCAAACGCUUUUGUAGUAACAACUGGGAUCAGGCACCUGAUCGAAGCGGAAGGGUGUCUUCAAGGCACUAACAGAGCCGUCCACAGCCAGGGAUUAGCCAACAUGGGCUCUGAGGCUGUGAACCCCAAGGCAUAUCCGCUCGCCGACGCGCAGCUGACCAUCACGAUCCUGGACAUUGUCCAGCAGGCCGCCAACUAUAAGCAGCUCAAGAAGGGGGCCAAUGAAGCCACCAAGACCCUCAACCGUGGAAUUGCGGAGUUCAUUGUCAUGGCGGCGGACACAGAACCGCUGGAGAUCCUGCUCCACCUACCCCUCCUAGCCGAAGACAAGAAUGUACCAUACGUCUUCGUCCCGUCAAAGCAGGCGCUUGGUCGCGCGUGCGGAGUGUCCAGGCCGGUCAUCUCGGCGUCUGUGACAACCAACGAGGGCAGCCAGCUGAAAACGCAGAUUCAGCAGUUGAAGGAUGCCAUUGAGAAGCUGCUGAUUUAGAAUCUACAGCCGGUAGCUAUAUGGCGCCCUUGCCCUUUUGUACCUGCCUGCUUGUCAGCAAACAUGUUUGUUGCUCAUGCUAAAUAGAAGUAGCUGCGGGUGCGCCCAUUAAUAGAAAUGUCGUUUCAACGAACCUGGUUCUAGAUAACAUGUCGUCCAUGAUAUCACGGAUUGACAUGCAAGCCGCCGAUCUGACUUUGGCUUUUUAGAGUCGUUCGAGCCUGCUUCAAACAAAAUUGAGAUGGUGUUCGAAAU